AAGACUGAACUAAAGAAGGAAGGAAAUGGAUGAUGCUGAAGGAAGAAGAGAGGAGAAGAAAAUGAGGGAAGGUAUGAUAAUCAGUACGGGACUGAAAACAGUAGUGGAAGCCAUUCACGCAAGCCCCACGCAGUCCGUCCUCUAUCUCUCUGGCGGAGCCUCUCAGGCUGUUGCGUGGCUGCUAUCCGUUCCUGGAGCCUCAAGCACAGUCCUCGAAGCCGUGGUGCCCUACUCCAGAAUGUCUAUGAUCCAGUUACUCGGGAAGAUUCCGAACCAGUUUUGUAGCUCACACACUGCUGAAGAAAUGGCUUUGUUGGCCUACAAUCGCGCUCUCAAGCUCUCCUCACCAGGUUCUCCGGUUGUUGGUGUGGGUUUUACUGGUACUUUGGCUACCUCACGGCCUACAAGGGGUCUUCAUGCUUUUUUCUUGAUGUAUAGGCUUCACUUGUCAACAAGGACAUCUGACAGACUCUGGGUAUCAAUGGUGACCCUUUCUAAGGGUUUACGAAAUCGAGAGGAAGAAGAUAUGGUUGCAAGUCAUCUUUUACUCAAGGCAAUUGCAAAUGCAUGUAAAGUUCCCGGAACAUUUGUUUCAGAGCUCACUGACUCCGAAGUACCUGAUGAAUGUGAAAAGCAGUUCAGUGAAGAUGAAGAGUUGGAGCAACUUAUAAAUGGGCAAAUAUGCUUUAAGGUUUAUCCAUUUUCGAGUGAGCCACACAUGUCAACUGCAGAAAGGAAGAUAAUACUGUCUGGUUCUUUUAAUCCAUUACAUGAAGGUCACAUGAAGCUCUUGAAGGUUGCUACUAGCUUAUGUGGCAAUAGCUACCCAUGCUUUGAAAUAUCAGCAGUCAAUGCUGACAAACCUCCACUUUCAACAUCACAAAUCAAAGAUCGUGUCAAGCAGUUUGAGAACGUUGGAGAAACAGUAAUUAUAUCCAAUCAGCCAUACUUUUAUAAGAAAGCUGAACUUUUCCCAGGCAGUGCUUUUGUGAUUGGUGCUGACACAGCAGAAAGGCUGAUUAAUCCCAAAUACUAUGACGGGGACUACAAGAAGAUGCUGGAGAUACUUGUUGGAUGCAAGAAAACAGGGUCCACUUUUCUCGUGGGUGGUCGUAAUGUGGAUGGUGUUUUCAAGGUUCUUGAAGAUUUUGAUAUUCCAGAGGAGUUAAGAGAUAUGUUCAUCUCAAUACCAGAAGAGAAGUUCCGCAUGGAUUUAUCCUCCACUGAAAUUAGGAAACGACUUGAGAAGUAAAUGUCGCAGUAGCUUUAGACCAAAGCAUUGGCUUCUGCCUGCCUCCAACAUAUGAUUCUGAAAGAAAAGAAAAGCAUGGCUGCUGACUUGCCUGGGUGAAUAAAAGGCGAUACAAGAACUAGAGUAUCCAUCCAUAAGUAAUGUUUAUCUUAAACUUUAAAACCUGCAAGCGUGUGAGUGUGUAUAAGAUUUAAAUUGGUGUUUUAUAUAUAUUCAUUAUUGGAAUAUGGAGGUGAUCUCUUUGAUUAGAAACCAUUCGUUGAAUUGAUAAUAUUAAGAUGAAAUUUGUAGAUGGGAACAAACACAUAUGGGUGGUAAGAGGAAGAGGAAGAGACAUCUAAUCUUGAUGUGACUUGCCCAACCAAACAAACGCUGUCAUGGCAACAUGUCAACCACUGAAAUUUAAAAAAAAUUAAAAAAAAACCCAGAUAAGAAGGCCCUGGGUGGAAAAAUAUAUUCGUGAUCAUGAUAAGCACACUCGUGUGUAACUGUAAUGGAAAGCAACUUUUAUCUUUGAAAUAAGCAACAAUUCAAUUAAUCAUAGCCGAGAAAAAGGAAGAAAUCAAGAGAUGAAACCACUGAUGCUGAUGCUCUGUUUCUGAUCAAGCACCGCAGCCUGCGCUGCAGCCUGCAGCGGCGCACGUAGCGCCGUGGGUACCAGUGGCGGAGGAGGCUUUGUCUUUGGGAACACCAUCUGCACAGGAGAAGAUGAUGGCUGAGAUAACAGCAAAGGUGACGAAAGCUGCCCACAAGAACAGCAUCAGAAAAGCUGCACUGCUGCUGCUUAAACUAAUCUCCUCACUCCCACUACCUCCAUCUCCAUGCCCUCUUCUUGCCAACAACUCUUUCCAGUCCCUCACCAUACGUAAUAUGAUAUGGCUAUCUUAUCUGCCUCCUCUUUCUCUCUGUCUGUCUGUCUGUCUCAGUCUGUGUGUGUGUGCGCAGAAAUGGCUGAUAAGGUUUUUCGAAAAAGGCUUUGAAUUGAUGAUAAGCUGACUCACUGCUAUAAUAUUAUCGAUAAGACUCUGUUUCCUUCUUUCCUAGGACGGCAAGAAUCAUUUAUAUCCGAUGCCCUCGUAUCAUAAUAUUGUGGCCAAUCACACACUUCACCGUGUUGGAGAUGGAGACGUGUAAAUAAAUAUAGCAUAUAUACUGUAUGGUAUAUAUAUAUGGUCAACCCAAAUUGUGAUAUGAGAUUUAAGUAGAUUUAUUA